ACUUAUCAUCAUAAUGAUAAUUAACCUUUAUCAACGAUAACCGCUUUACUUUGGACCAAGUGGCAUUAAUGUCAAUCGGCAUCGAGUUUCACGUGCGUGAUAUAUCUAUUUGAUUGGCUUAUAUCGUUAAAUGGAAUAAGGUACAGCAUCGUAACAAAAUGAUAGCCACCUGGAGAUUCUUGAUCAAAAAUAGUCCCACUGUUUCUCAGGGACUAAAUAUUACAAGAACGUUAUCUACAGAGAAGAAAUAUGUACAGACGACGGAAAGAGAUGGGGUCAGAACCAUCCGUUUAAGCGAUUCUGCCUCGUGUAACUCCCUAUCGUUGGAGAUGUUAAGGAGUCUGCUAAGAGAGAUAAAAAGGGACAAGGAUAACAAGGAUCUUCGAUCGAUUUUACUGAUGUCCGACUCUGAAAAAAUGUUUUCCGCCGGACAUAACUUGAAGGAACUGACAGUUAUAAACGCUAAGUUCCACAAGGAAGUGUUUGAGACCUGUGCAGAAUUGAUGCGAGCCAUUAGUCAGAGUCCAGUGCCAGUGAUCGCGGCAGUGGACGGUCUGGCAGCUGCAGCUGGCUGUCAAUUGGUCGCGGCAUGUGACAUCGCGGUAUGCACGGAAAGAAGUUCCUUUUCCACUCCAGGGGCAAAUAUCGGGAUAUUUUGCUCGACCCCGGGCAUACCUCUAGUGCGUAACAUGCCAAGGAAAAACGCGAUGUAUAUGCUCUUCACUGGACUCCCUAUUUCCGGCAGAGAAGCUUACGAGUAUGGUCUCGUUAGCAAAGUCGUGCCGAAUGAUAAGCUCGACGAGGAAGUCCGUCAAAUUACAGAUGCGAUCAACGCGAAGAGUCGUUCAGUUGUACACAUUGGCAAAACAUUCUUAUACGAACAAAUGGAUCUCGAUAUAUCAACGGCGUAUUUUCUCGGCGCUGAAAAAAUGGUGAACAAUCUAAAAAUGAAAGAUGCACAGGAAGGAAUACGAAGCUUUUUGGAAAAGAAAAAGCCAAAUUGGUCACAUGAUUAUGAUAAGAAUUAAUUACGCUAAUUAUGCGAGAUUUUAUUGUUUGUAUUUUUCUCGUCAAAAACAGAUCUUGAACUAUCGCUAUAACUAUGUAUUUAAUGUAAUAUCUUUUUAUAUGU